GAGAAAAAUGAAAUUGCUUUUGUUAUGGUGAGUCUUCAUUAUCAUCAACUUCUUGAGAGAAGCACUUUGGGUUCUGCUACUCUUCAAUAUGCCCUUCCACCUAAUAAACCCUUACUGGAUGAUGUUGACCCAGAAUAUGGACUGCAUGACUACAAUCUGCAUCUUGAUAUGCACGGUGGAAGCUGCACCUACCUGUGUGGAACAUUCAAGAACCUCUUCUGCAGAAAAGGUGACAUUGAAAAUGGAUAUUUGAGGCUCACAGUUGUAAGCUUAAAGGAUAAUACGAAGCACUUGCCUCUUAUUGGGACAGUUGGCUUAUCCUGGGAAACAGAUGUGUUUAAAGGCAAUGUAAAGGACUGCUAUGUGAUGGAUGUUACUCUCUUGGAUGAAACUGGAAAGCCCUUCUGGUGUUUCAGUGCCCCAGUCUACAUGGAACUGUCUUCCAAUGCAUCCAGCCUUUAUGACUACAUGGGUCAUAUCUAUACCACAGACUAUGCAGAUUCAGAGGGUAAAGUCUGUGUUGAGUUGGUGUGGUUGGAAGAAACCAAGGAGUAUUUUAUAGUCCAUUUGGUGCUUUAUAUAAGCACCAAAAAGGUAAAUAACUGGUAUGGAACAAAUUACUGA